GUAGAGUCUUCUGUAAUGACACUCUAGGUAGCGAGCCUGUCAUACCCGACACCAGCUGUAACGUCAACUGCUCCACCAUCAUGUCUGAGACAUGUGGCGGAGAAAACGCUGUCUCUGUGUAUAACACUGGAAGUCUGCAGCCUCUCGUAGCACCAUCUGCUGGGAUAGACACGCUUGUUGUUACCACAGUGCCGGGAGUUGUGUUAGAAAUGGGGCACUCUAUUAAUUUCACAAUGGUCGUUAAUAACGGCACAGAUGCUGGGUAUUUUAUCUCAACACAAGCCAUUGAUGCAGAUUACUAUACAGGAUUUAAUACCACGUCAUUUGCUGCUGAUAAACCUGGCAGAUUUACUGUGUCUGUAAGAGCAAUGAAUGAAAUCAGUUACAAGGACUAUAUGACUGAUAUAUAUGUAUAUAUCCCUAUAACAAGUAUAGCCACAGAUUAUAUAAGUUUCGAAAAGACCGGCGAGCUGAUCAGCUUCACUGUAACAGUCCUAAAUGGAACUAACAUCACGUGUGAGGCAGACUUUGGUGAUGGGGAUAGCGAGAGUUUGUUCAAAACGGAUGAUUCUUUACCAUUUUCCUUCAGUCAUACAUAUGCCACUGCAGAGGUGUAUGUUGCCAAUAUUACAUGCUACAACAAUGUCUCCUACCACACUGACAUCGGCGCAGUCAUCAUUCAGGACGUCAUCAGUAACAUCCAGCUCUCAAACGACAACCCAGUUCGUUACCUGGAUGACGUCAAUGUGUCCUGGAGUCUCGAUACAGGAACUAAUGUAACCUUUAACCUUCUGAUGGACGGGAGAGAGACACGCCUUGAAAACUAUGUGUUCAGUAAUUUGUCGGGAUCUGCAGUAUUACCUCAUGUAUUCUACAACUGGACGGGACAACAUGCUCUUGCUCUUGUAGCCUAUAAUCUUGUAUCUCAUGAAGACUAUAACACAAGUGUAUUAAUUGAAAUUCCAAUUGACCAGGUGACCAUUGUACCAAAUGGAACAUUCCAUGCUGUGGACGCGGUUAUAAACUUCACCAUUACUAUUGCGAAAGGUUCCAACCUGACUAUUGACUUACAGCUGGAUGAUGUGACGAGCGUGGAACUGACAUCACCCAGAAACAGCUACAACCAUGUGUUCACAUAUCAACACAGCUACAGUUACAUUGGGGAGAAAACCAUCAACCUUACAGUCAGUAACAUACAUGGAAGUGUCAGUUCAAUGUGUAACCUCACCACUGAAGUCUCUGUCGCUGAUGUUGAAGUCGUCGCAGAUGACGUCUUAAAUCCAGUUGACUUUGAACUUUAUGUCAUAUUCAAGGUUGUUAAUGCGUCAGAUAUUCCCACUAAUGCAGUUAGUGACAUAGAUUUUGGUGAUUCAAGCUCAGUGUCAAGUGUCAGGACUGACAUUCAGGAUCAUCACCAGAAUAUUACACACAAAUAUGAAACACACGGUGUCUUUGUUCUUAACGUUACUAUUUACAAUAACGUCAGUACUAAGGCUCUGUCCAAAGACCUGAAGGUUGGUGGACCCAUAUCGAAUAUCACAGUGGCUAUCAAUAGAAUGUUCAUCCCAGUUGGCUCAGCACUUAUCGCAACAGCAGAUGUAGGUUAUGGGUCUCUCAUCACAUACAUAUAUGAUCUAGGUGAUGGAACAGCAAUUACACAGAACUAUACAAGGUCGUACCCAACUGCUUCAGAUACGGUGGAACACAUAUACAACGACACUGGGAACUAUGAAGUCACUAUAUGGGCAUCCAACAGUUUCAACAAUGUGUCUGAAACAUUGACGGUCCAUGUGCAAAACAAGGUUGCAGGACUCAUUCUCACAUCAAAUGCUCCAGUCCGAUUCAACAAACCAAUCACGUUCCUGCUAACAGUGAUCUCACCGGGAACGGACACUUGUUUUAUGUUUGACUUCAAUGAUGGAUCUGUAAUGUUAUAUGGCGUUGCUUCCUGUCCAUCGCGACCGGAAUAUAAGGGUAUCAAGUUUAAAGAAAACUCGGGGUCAUCGCUAAUGGUUAGUAAUGUGUACCAGUUCGCAGGUACUUACAACGUCACAGUAAACAGCUCUAACGAAGUAUCUUGGGACGUUGUAUCGUUGCCAGUCAUUGUUCUGGAAUAUCUCUGUAUUGAGCCGCAGGUUCAGAUUCUUGGUCUCUCAAAGGACGAACUGUCCCCAGUGACCAUCAAACGGUCCAAACGGUUUGAGUUGUCAGCUAACAUUGACACCCAGUGUGAUCCUCCAGUCAACACUGUUUACAACUGGGUCAUGGAGAGGGUGUCCGUAUCAGGCAACCAGUCACAUCAGAUGGUUGAUGUCAUAGAAGAAAUAACAAACCCAACGAACGGCCUACCUUCGAUGACCGUUCCAUCAAGGUACCUACCGUAUGGAGUGUACAAAAUAUCUCUAACUGUCUCCUAUGAAGUAGGUUCUGAUUAUAACACAACUGAUUACUCAUUUAUAGAAAUUAUACCUUCUCAGCUCAAAUUCUCCAUAUCAGGGGACUAUCUCCGAACGGUGUAUGUCGGUGACGAUCUAGUAGUGAACGGCAGUGCAUCCUAUGAUCCAGACUACAGUGGUAAUACCGUUAAAGGAUUACAAUACAAAUGGUACUGUCGCCUGCUGAAUGAGUCUCUAUCCACUGAUAAUAACAGUAUUCCCAUGGAGAGCAUUUCAACUGAAAGUCCUGGAUGUUUUGGCAAUGGAUUUGGAUAUCUGAACCAGACCUCCGAAAGUCUUCAUGUGAACUCAUAUGAACUUGUGGUGAAUCUGGUAUAUGUAUUUGGUUUAGUCAUCAGCAAAGAUAGUCGUGUUAUGUAUGGAGAACAAAGAGUGAAAACUGUUGGCUCAAGAAUAAUUCCUAUUGAAAUGAGGUGUUUUGACAACUGUGGUGCCAAGGUUGUGGCAAACCAGCCGCUGCGAUUGGAAAGUGUCUGCAAACUUUGUGCUCUACAAGAAUUUCCCUUUCACUGGGAGCUCUUCUUCAUCGAUGCAGGCACUUACCAACAACUCAACAUCACACUGUGGAUCGCAGAAGGUGAAAAUACAACAGAUGUGGAACAGACAGGUUUCGUGGGUCCAAACUUGGCACUGAACCCGGGAAGUCUAGCUCCUGGAGUUGACUACCGUCUCCGCCUGACAUAUGACGCCAUGAUCACCGAGAGAGACAUCAGCAUCAAUUUCCCACCUUAUGGUGGACACUGCUACGCUGAUAAACAGUUGGGUAUGGAGUUUAAGACGAUGUUUGUGAUUUACUGCGAAGAUUGGCUGGACGAAGGAGAUCGCCCAGUGCGAGCUCCAGUUGAAGACAGCAGGUACAAAGCACCACUGACAUUCAAAUUCUCCUACCGAGCGCGUGGUUUGACAUCAAGACCCCAUGUAUUCUACGAGGUGACCGGAACCAAUGUCCAAACACCGGAAGUGAUGUUCCGCUCUGGACUAGAUGAAGAGGAUCAUUAUAUUGACCUUUAUGUUGAAGUGGCAGACAGCAGUGGAGCUACAAAUAACACGACGCUUUCCAUCAAGGUAAUUCCAAGCAGUGGUUUUGUAUCCGACGUUUACAAGGACACCGACUAUAAAAGAUUUGAAGCUGAGAAAGACAUCUCCGCCUUAUUGCUGAUAAACAUGGGUGUCAUAGAUCGUCUGCAUGAGCUGAGCAACACUAACUCACCUGUACCCGUGACUGCACAGAUGCGGGAGAAUGUGGUAAGUCACAUAUCGGAACACGCCGACUGGGUGGAGACUCCCUCCCAGGUGGAACUUAUGUCAGACAUCUUGAAAGAAGCCACUCAGAAACCAGAGGAACUCUCGGUCACGUCCAGAAAAAAGGCGGUCCAAGUGUUCAGUACUCUGCUCGGUUCUCUAGACAGCGUCUUCAAUGAGUCGAGCGACUCUGUCACACAGCAGAGAGUGGCAAAAGGAUUGUGUGAAUCGUUUAUUGGUCUGAUGCUGUCCAACUCAUUCAACUCGACCUGUGAGACUGACUGCGAGAGCAAGAAGACCCUGGCUGCGUCCACCCAGUCUGUGUUCGAAUCAAGGGACUCCUUGGUUAGGAUGCUCUUAAAGGGUAGCGUUGCUGGUGAGAGAGCAACCGUUAUUACCAGCACCAAUGGUGAUCUCACUUACAAGGUGCAGCGGACAAAGGCAUCAAGUUUGUCAAACUCCUCGACCGGCACCGGAUCUGAGAAACAGACUGUAGUGUUCCCCGACAUCACUGCGAAGUUGUUGAGUGAUGAUGCAGCGAGUGUAGAUGUGGAGGUGAUUGAAUCGAGCAAACUACAGAUAGAUGAUGCGGACAGCGUCCAGACACGUACAACAUCCGUCACCCUGUAUAACCAUGGCAAUAAGUUAGACAUCAGCCAGCUCACAGAUGCCAUCAGUGUGUUUGUGUACCCAACAAGUGACUUGACCAGUAAUACAAUAGAUGUGGCUGAAAACUACACAGGAGAUCCAUUUUACGUCAAGAUUUCUCUAGAAAGAGCAGAUGUUGCUGUUGGGGUUCAGUUCAAGCCUGAAGAUGCCCAAAACGCUUCUUUUGCAUACUUUGUUAGCUAUAACUCUGUACCAACGAAUCAGAGUAGUGACAUUCAUGGAACGUUGCCAGUGGAAGAUGAAGCUGGGGAACAGUGGGCUUUGUCGUUCAACGUUGCAUCCUUUCCCAGUUACAGUGAAGAGAAAAGCCAAGACGUAAAUCCAUCAGUGUAUAUUGGAAUUAUUCCCUUACACGAUACAAAUGAGACCUCCUCGGUGCUCAACGUGACGAUCUUCUCGGCUGGUUGUCAGUAUUAUGACACGCAAUCCAGCAGCUGGAAGCACGAUGGACUGAAAAUCGGUAAAAGGACAGCUUUAACGAAAGUAGAAUGCCUGGCAAGCCAUCUGACAUCCUUUGGGGCCAGUUUCUUCGUGCCGCCGAACACUAUCGACUUUAAGAACGUGUUCGCCAAGUUCUCAAACCUCGCAGACAAUGCUGCCGUCUUCUCUACCAUCAUUGUCGUCAUCGUCCUGUACCUCGUUGUGAUAUUUUUUGUCCGAAGAGCCGACAAAAAGGAUGUCGACAAGUGGAGUGUGGUUCCACUGAGAGACAACCUACUGUCAGAUGUGUACCACUACCAAGUGACAGUGUUCACGGGCAUGAGGCGGAACGCUGGCACCAAAUCCCAGGUGUAUCUGGUGCUGGGCGGCGAACAAGGGGACACGGAGAUCCGCUCACUAGAAGACAAGAACAAACGGAAACCCGACAGAGGCAGUGUCAACAGCUAUGUCCUCAGUGUGCCCCAGUCUCUGGGAUCACUGUUGUUCUUGAGGAUCUGGCAUGACAACUCGGGGAAGGGGAUAGACUCCGACUGGUAUCUCAACAUGGUCGUAGUGAAGGACAUACAAACUGACAUCAAGUAUGUGUUUCUCUGUGAUCGUUGGCUGGCUGUCGACAAGGAUGAUGGUCUCAUAGAACGUUUUAUACCCGUGUCUACAAAUGAAGAACUUAAAUCUUUCGGUCACAUAUUUGCCUUCAAGUCUCGACAAGACCUCACCGAUGGUCAUCUGUGGUUUUCUGUACUAUCUCGUCCCACCUGGAGCACCUUCACCCGAGUCCAGAGACUGUCCUGCUGUCUGUCGCUGCUAUUCACCACUAUGGUGGCCAAUGCUAUGUGGUAUGGAACAACCCCCUCACAAGGCACCCAGGACGUCCAUCUCGGCCCAUUCACCUUCUCGCCACAGGAGCUGACUACAAGUCUGAUGAUGAGUCUGAUCGUUGUGCCAAUUAACCUGCUGAUUGUAACACUUUUCAGAAAGGCUAGCCCAAAACCACCAAAGAGAGGUAAAAGCAGUGACGCUCUCAACAAACAGAACAAACCAGGGCAUCUGUCUUCAAUGUGGUCUUCUGGUGGAAUAUUUACCGUUGAACCCGUCCAGGUGGACAAACAACAUUCUCCAAACGUAGUAACAAAAGCUCCUGAAGCAAAGAAACCGUGCUGUGUAUGGCCGUACUGGGUGACAUACGUAGCCUGGUUGUUGGUCGCGUUGUCCAUUGCUGCUCCCGCCUUCUUCACGGUCUUGUACAGUCUUGAGUGGGGAGCUGACAAGUCAUCGCGCUGGCUCACUAGUUUUGUCCUGUCAUUCGUGGAGUCGGUACUGCUAGUUCAACCAGCCAAGGUCCUGGCUGUUGCAAUGGUUUUGGCUCUCAUCUUUAAAAAAGUAGAUAUUGAAGAGGCGCCACCUGGAGAGCUACAGGGGGAGAUAAUCCAGUAUAACCAGUCUGCAAAAGGGAACUAUUCUAGUUAUGCAGGCGCAGUGAAACCAGCACAUCGUAGACCUUAUGUUGAAAAACCCCCUGACUUCUCCAGCGUCUCUAGCGUCAGAAAAUACAGAAAGAAACAGAACCGUAUGAUAGAAAUCCUCAAGGAUAUUGGGAGCUAUGUGUUCUAUCUGGUCAUCAUCGCCAUCAUCUGUUAUGAGAACAGAGAUGAGAAGUCCUUCCGCACAGUGGACAACAUCCGCAACAUGAUGGUCAAGGACAUACACCUGGUCGGCACAAGUCGCAUCAAGGGCUUUGAGGGGUUGUCUUCCUUUGAGGAGUUUUGGGCGUGGUCAGUCGACCGCCUGGUGCCAGCCCUGUAUGUGAAGACCACCUUCAAUAGUGACAAUGUCACGAACAAUCGGCGGUCUUUCCUUGGUGACCAUGUACACUACAGGGUGGGACCGCCCCGACUGAGACAAGCUCGAGCCCUGCAAGAUUCAUGCAAACCACAAGCACCUUUGAAUCGCCUCAUAACAACCUGCAUCGCGGAAUAUGGAUUGACAAACUAUGAUGACGUAAGCUAUGACGUCAACUGGACUCCAUUGAAUACAUCCGUAACAAACAACCCAGCAGAGCCCUGGCUGUACCAGGGAGUCUCCAAACUUAACGGCAUCCCAUCAGUUGGGUAUUUUGCAACAUAUGGCGGCGGUGGCUACGUCGCUGUACUUGGAAAUGAUGACAACACAGCAACAAAUAUGCUGCUAGACUUGAAGGAAAACCGAUGGUUGGAUCGUCAAACCAGGGCAGUUAUUCUGGAAGUGAAUGUAUACAACCCUUAUGUGAAUCUAUUCUGUGCUGUAUCGCUCGUGCUUGAAUUUCCCCCUACCGGAAGUGCUAUAAGCUACGCGCAUAUCUCACCUCUGCGAUUGUAUAGGUAUGUGGGGCCAAGUGCUCUAUUCAUGGUGGUCACGGAUCUUAUAUUCGUUGCAUUUACGAUAUAUUUCAUCGUGAGGCUUGUUCAACAGAUGAAGGUGAGAGGGAGAAAGUACCUGCAAGACUUCUGGAACGUCGUGGAGUUCCUGAAUGUGACAGCCGCUAUACUCUGUUGUGCUUUCUAUGGAAUGCACUUUGUUAUAACAGCUCUAACACUCUCUGACUUUCAAGAACAUCCAGGGGAGUUCGUCAACUUUCAGCGUAUUGUUCUAUGGGAUGAUGUGUUCACCUGCAUGCAAGGGUUCCUGCUCUUCCUCGCCAUGCUGAAACUACUUCGUCUCAUCCGAUUCAAUACCAAGAUCACACAACUGAGCACAACACUGAAAAAGUCAGUUGGUCCAAUCGUCAACUUUCUCAUCGUCUUCAGUAUCGUAUUCUUUGCCUUCACGCAGUUUGCAUACUUGGUGUUCGGGCCGCAGAGCAGCGAAUACUUUUCAUUCGUCACCAGCAUGGAGACAUUGUUCUCCAUGCUGUUAAUGAAGGUGAACAUUGAAGAAAUAAUCAUGGCUGACGAUAUCCUCGGACCACUCUUCCUCUUUACCUUCACCCUCGUUGUCAUCUUCAUCCUCGUCAACAUGCUACUGAGUAUCCUCAACGAAGUCUUCACGGGGGUCAGACUGGACACGCGUUGUCGUCCCGAUGACCCAAAGAUGGUGGAAUUUAUGUAUAGUGAAUUGAAGAGAAUCAUCGGUUUGUCACCAACAUCACAUGAUGGAAAGGAGAAGGCGAAGGUUGUAGCUGCCACCCAACAAGUACCUGUGGAACGCUGGCUCACCGCGGAGAAUGACCUUGACCGUUUCUCCCCAGAACCACUGGAGGGAGACAACUACUGGGUGUCCCUGCCACCCAACUCCACUGAUCUGUACUAUCAGAAAUCCACAAAGGCUCAGUUUUACGAUAUAUAAAAUAAUUGCUAAAUGUGUGCAUUUCUAAUCGUCCGAUAUGAUCGGAAGAAAUAAUACACACAUAAAUGAGUGAGCAUGUUUAUGAGAAAUGUAUUUCUUUUACCUGAUAAUAUUUUGGUUACAGUGUUUAGUGUAAUACUAUUUUAGAAAAUCACGACAAUCCCAGUAGAAUAAAAUGUUCUUUUUAAUCUGACAUCUUUGAUUAUUCACUGUCCACAACAAUCACGUAACAUCAUUUGGAACAGUUUUUGAGACACACUAAAGAUAUAAAUACAUUCUGUCCCAAUGAAUGACAAUCCAUGCAAACCGCCCUGCCGAAGAUGUUCACUGCUAAUACGGUGGUUGACAGCAUAACAUAAGGUAGUGUUGUGAAUAUAUUCAUGUUGUUAUUGUUGUGUAUUAUGUACAUAGACAACGUAUUGACAAGGUGUCAAUCUCGGCAAGACUGUGAUAAGAAACUCAAUUACGUGUGUUGUAAUAAGUAACAUUAAAGGAAAUUGUCUAUUAAUGUUUGAUAUUGUAAAGAGAUUAUCAUUGUCAAUAAAACCAAUAAAUGGCUGAUUCUUAAGCAUA